AUGGGGAAAAAACGAGUCGGCGCCCUCGAGAAGCUCGAUGCGGAUCUAGCAAGCCUCCAGUUCAAAAUCCGUUCAGACCCGCGGUCCUACACGGAGGAAUUUGUGCGCCAGUACGGGCAGUACGAGCGCUUGCGAGAGAUCUUCCUGGAUAGCCCGUCGAGUGUGACCGACGAUGUCGCACGGUCGUUCCAUGACAUUGUGGACUUUGUCGCUCAUGUUGCAGACUGCUACCCAGAGUUGACAAAGUCUUUCCCUGGCGACCUAAAGGAGAUCCUCACCCGGCACCAUGCGAUCCUCGAUCCCGACGUCAGAGAGAAGAUCGUGGGCAGCCUGGUGCUGCUGCGGCGGAAGGACUUGAUCGACUCAACCUAUCUCUUGACGACGCUCUUUCCCAUCCUGGUCUCGUCGCCUAGCAAAGGUCUUCGCGCUCUUCUAUUUCAGAAGAUUCUGAGUGACCUCAGGACGUCGAAUUCGAAAGCGACAAACCACCCUUUGAACCGCACGAUCCAAACUGUACUCUACAACCUCGUGACCUCCGACCGAUCCUCGCCGAAAGCAUUAUGGGCUGUGAAGCUAACACGCGAGCUUUGGACUCGUCAGAUAUGGGUAGAUGCAAAGCCCGUGGAAGUCAUGAAAGAGGCUUCCUUAGCAGAUAAUGAGAAGGUCGUGGUUGGAGGUGUAAGGUUCUUCCUUGGUGGCGACAAAGAACGAGAAGAGCUAGAAGACGAUAGCAGUGAUGAGGAAGCCAUCGAUCUUAAGAAGGUCCGACAUCAAAUGGGCAUCAACAAGAAGAGCAAAAAGAAGGAAAAGGCAUACAAAGCGGCCGUGCAGAAGGUGAAGAAGACGGAGAAGAAAAAGAACCAGCCUCACCCGCUCAAUUUCUCAGCCCUUCAUCUUCUUCACGACCCUCAGGGAUUCGCGGAGCAGCUUUUCCAGAAACAUCUCCAGAAUACCAAGUCGAAGCUGGCAUUGGAGAAUAAGCUGCUCGUCCUCCAGCUGGUGACUCGACUUGUCGGUCUGCACAAACUCACCGUCGUCUCGCUAUACUCCUGGUUCAGCAAAUACCUUACUCCGAGGCAACAAUCCGUUACUUCUUUCCUUGCCUCUCUCGCUCAGGGAACACACAAUCUGGUUCCACCCGAUGCACUCGAGCCCCUUGUACUGAAAAUCGCCAAUGAGUUCGUCUCCGAAGGCUCAGCUUCGGAAGUUGCAUCAGCAGGUCUCAACGCGAUCCGAGAAAUCUGCGUUCGCCAACCUCUUGCAAUGACCGAGACACUGCUACAGGAUCUAGUACAAUAUCGUAAGAGCAAGGACAAGGGUGUCAUGAUGGCGGCCAAAGGUCUGCUGUCCCUCUACCGUGAAGUGGGUGCAGAUCUGCUGAAGAAGAGGGAUCGCGGCAAGGAAGCAGCCAUGGGCCUACGAAGUGGAGAGUUGAAGCAGAUCAAGUUCGGCGAGCAAGAAGCUGGUGGAAUUGAGGGCCUUGAGCUUCUAGCUAAAUGGAAAGAAGAACAGAAAAAGAGGAAGCGUGAGGAGAAGGGACUGAAAGAGGGGGAGAAUGUUAACGACUCAGACAAUGAUAGCUUCAACUCUAGCGACUGGGAAGUCGAAUCAGUGGACAGCAGCGACUCUGGUGGCUGGAUCGCUGUCUCCAGCGAGUCUGAAGAUGACGAACCCGUCUCAAAACGCCCAAGGCAGGGAUCGUCCGAAGCACCAGACCUGGUGGACGAGAACAAAGAGAAUCUAGAAGAGGCAGCAAGGUUAUCCAAGCUUGCCGAGACUACUAUUCUCACGCCGGCUGAUUUGGCCAAGCUCCAAGAACUCCGCAUGGAAGCAAAUCUAGACAAGGCGUUGGGCAAUCGAUCGAAGCGACAGAACGAGGCGCAAGCCCGGCAUGCAGAUGAUCCGUUGACGGCUGAACAGAUUGAGCUUCCUGCUAAGCUCAGGAAGCUCACGAAAGAGGAGCGCGUGGCCCUUGCAAAAGAAGGAAAGCCGAAUCGCGAGGAGCAUAAGUCCACACAAGCGAUCAGAAAGUCUAAGAAGGAUGCCGAGGGCAAAUCUACGACGAAUAAGGAGAAGGCUCGAAAGAAGAACUUUUUGAUGACCAUUGGCAAGGCGAAACGGAAGAACAAGAGAAGUCUUGUUGAGACCAAAAAGGUGUUACAGGGACAUAUUGAGAGGAGUAAGAACGGUGGCCGUAGACGGAAUAAGGGUUAA